AAACUCAACCUACCCAAUCAUCUAUAAAGAGAAAUGGGUUCCCAAACUUGUCAUUCAUCAGAUUGUUUUCUUCUAAAUCAACAUUAUUUGCUUAUCAUUCACCAUUGUUUUUCUCAACUAAAAGGGGAGAGGAAGCGAGAGAUAGAGAGAGAGAGAUGGAAUCCCAAAAGCUAGGAAGAAAGAUGAAGGAGAUAAAAAUAGUAACUAAGAUCAUAGCAUUGGCAUCCAUUUUCUCAUUUAUACUAUCUUACUCUUCCUUAAUCUCUUCUCUUCAGCAAAGACUCCAUUUGCUUUCAAUGUAUAGCAAUCUUGUGGACAAGAAAUACAUGUUCUUGUUAUGCAAUGGGAUUGUGGGCUUUAUCUUGGGGAGUUUCCAUGGGAAUUCUGAAUCCCUUUCGCAGGGUAAAGCCAUUAACAUCAUUGAACAAACGAAAGAAGUAGGGAUCAAAGACUUGAAAGAAACAAAACUCAAGAAGGUAGUGGCAUUACUUGAAGAAAAGAGUGUUUCUAAAGAAGAAGAAGAAGAAGAAGAAGGAGGAAGAGUUGUUUUAUUUAGAGGAAUCGAAGAAGAAGAAGUGUCAUUGGUUGUUGAGGUAGAUGAGGAAAUAUUAGUACAAGACCUCGCUAUCAUUAGAGUAGAUGAUCAUCAUGAUGACGAAGAGAUAAAUGAUAGUUUACUAAGUGUCGAAGAUUUGAACAAGAAAUGUGAGGAUUUCAUCAGGAAGAUGAAAGCAGAGAUUCAAUUCGGGAAGAGAAGUAUAUAAUUUUCUUAGUCCUCGAUAGCUAAUUUUUUAGAGUUUAGCUAAACUAUCUUUUGUAUUCAUAUAGGAUCAAUGAUAGGAUCCAAACCUCUACAAUACACAAAUUGAAUCUAGUCCAAUGAUUCAAUUUGUGUCAUGUCUCAUGUAGACGUUGUGAUGCAUAAUAUAACUGAUAUGCACAAUUUACCCUUUGAACCACUCUCUCAAAUUAAGAGAUCAAAAUGUAAUACUUAGGCUCGAAUUCUACAAAGUUCUCAAGUUUACACAAUAAACUAUCAAUAUUUGAAAAAACGUUAAACAGAAAGAUUGUAAAUUAAAAUA